CUGACGCCUGACGACAGAGUCUCUGAAAAGGGGAAAUGACUCACGUUGCCCUUCUUUUGGCCAUUGCAAGCGUAUUCAGUGUCGUUCAGGGUCAAGAGGUUAUGCCGAUGCCCGUGGCGGAAGCCCCAACAUCGCAGCCACUGCCCGCGGAUUACGUGAAGGGCAUACUCAGCCUGAAGAGCAGUCUGCUGUCCAGCAAGCCGGCCCUGGGUUACUCCAGUCAGCAGGGGAAUAGCGCGGAUCCCGUAUCCGGAAUCAGGCCAGGCAUGCGGUACACACAGCAGUUGGACGUACAGCAGCCGCAGAGCCAGCCGUUGCAGGAGAUUCAGGUUGAGCACGUUGCCAGUCUGAGGCCAUCCGCGCUAGCUCAAAGCAAUCUUCUUCCCUCCCAGAUGCCGUCGGCCAAGUUGAAUCGAUAUAACCAGGAGUUCCCCGCCUUUCACCUGUUCCAGCCGCCGUUCGUGCCAAUGCCGAAGAAGCAGGAGAGACAGGAGUCACUGGAUCCGCCGCCCACUGCCGAGCAGCUCGAGUUGCUGCAACAGUUGUCAGAGUUCUUUGGCCAGCGGCAACAGUUGCAACAGGUGCGACCGCAGUUGGCCAUGAACAGCGCUCAAGUGGAUCAAAGUGAGGGAAAGGGCGAGGGCACUGAUACUUGUGACACCACGCAGAAGCCCAAUGAAAGUGAGGAGGAGGAUUCGAUAUCCGUUGAUGUGAAGAACGAAGAGCAGGCAACUACUACCACCACCACAACCAGUGCGAAGCCAUUCGUGCCUCCAAAAACGAAGCCCACCAAGCCAUCUAACGUCAAGUCCACCACCCAAAAACAUUUGACAACGCGUGAUACCAAAAGCACUACCAGGAAACUGCCCUGCUGCACCAAGCCAAUGAAUAAGGGCGUUGCAUCCCCUCCGAAUGUUAAUGUGCAAAAUGCGUAUUCCGAGCAGCCGAAGUCCUUGCAACAGCAGCCUCGCAGUGGCAGACACGCCAUUCAGCCUGAUUUGCGCAUAAACGCUAUUACCAACUUACUGAGAUAUCGCAGAAAAAGAGCUCAGGGUGCAGCGCCAUAUCCGAAACCCUUUUCCUCACAAACGGAUCCUGGAUUGCAGUUGCAGAGCCGAUCGAAACGAAAAAAAGAUAAGAUCCUGGACAAAAAUCAACUGCUGCAGGCUGAACUAAAGAUCUGGCCCAUCAACAUAAAGGCGAAUUUUGUGGAGCAAAUACACUAA